AGAGAUCAUGGAAGACCUACCCACCCCAGACAUCGAGGCCUACGUUGGUGGCAACCAGCAAGCUUGCUACGUACAGCUAGUUGACGUUCUCUCGGCUUUGCCUGCCGGGGAAGAAAACACGGAUGUCGGACGAGCGUUCGCCUUUGAGGUCCCUUCGAAAGUCGGAGCUCGCUACUGCUCGCAUCUAUCGGCGCCUGAACCGCUUGAAGACAUGAGCCACGCGAAGCGCAAGAAGGCAGCUGCCGACCACCCGGGCCUUUGCGGCGUCUACCACGCUCAUAUCAUCGCGGCAGUGAGGACGCAGGACGUGGCCGAGAAAUGGAAUCAAACGACAGGGAACAAGUACCGCAAUCAGGUGCGUGCAUACUACGUGUUUAGGUUGCACACGCUCCGCAUAAUUGGUGUAUUUUUUGUAUGCGAGGACUGGUGCGCUACAACACAGCAGCUGCAGCAGCAGCUGCUGCCUGUUGCCGGGGUUGAGAAACACAUGUGUUGGAUAUGCUGUACAUCUCAACAAUGGCGCGGCGCGGGGCUUUUGAAGGCAGUCCACUAGUUGCCCAUUUUGUCGACUGCUUCGUUUGUCAUGGUUGGUCGGCGAACAUGAAGAAGGACGUUAGUUGGUGCGUCUAUGGCGGUAGGGUUGUGCGGGAUGUGGAAGGCGCCCCUGCCUUCGAGGAGUGUGUGCAAGGGCCUACCGUGUGCGUUAGGGUUGAUAUCGUAUGCCUGUGCUCUGAGUUUUGCAGGUCUGUGCUUUUUGGUUUUGAAGCAUUCCGCCCGAGCAACGCGUCUUUUGCGGAGAGGUU